AUGCCCGACAGCAACAGAGUUCAUAGACCCCCCCACCGCAAUGUCGGGGGCGUGCCCUGGGGCUGGAACCCGGAACCUCGCGCUCGGCCGCAGUCACUGAACGCAGCUGCCCCCGAGUCCUCAGACCCAGGACCGUCUCCUCGCUCCUCCCCUUUCCGUGGCCCGGGCCCCGGGGCGGCUGUGAGCCGUGACCCCGGCUCGCGUCUAGACCGCGGGACUCGGGCCGCGGGGACGCGGCGGGAGCGGGGCCAGCGGCGCACGUGCCGCCCCCUGGCGGCCAGGUCCGCGCAGCACCCAGGCCCCGCAGCACCCCAGGCUCCUCCGCAGCACCCAGGUCCGCGCAGCACCCAGGUCCGCAGCACCCCAGGUCCGCGCAGCACCCCAGGUCCGCAGCACCCCAGGUCCGCGCAGCACCCAGGUCCGCAGCACCCAGGUCCGCAGCACCCCAGGUCCGCAGCACCCCAGGUCCGCACAGCACCCCAGGUCCGCAGCACCCCAGGUCCGCGCAGCACCCAGGUCCGCAGCACCCAGGUCCGCAGCACCCCAGGUCCGCGCAGCACCCCAGGUCCGCAGCACCCCAGGUCCGCGCAGCACCCAGGUCCGCAGCACCCAGGUCCGCAGCACCCCAGGUCCGCGCAGCACCCCAGGUCCGCAGCACCCAGGCCCCGCAGCACCCCAGGCCCCGCAGCACCCCAGGCCCCGCGCCGAUCCCAGUCGGGGGGCCCAGCCUGUGGGGAACCUGCCACGGUUUCGUCGAAGGAGAAACGCCGCGUAUUUCGUAACUUAAUGGUGCAGCAUGAGCAUAUUUUAGGGCCCCCUGCUCAGUGCAGACAGAGCUCUGGCUCCCCCCGCGUGCCAGAGGCCCAGGCCUGGCUUGCACACCCGUCACCCUCAGUGGGGACAGGAGGAUCAGCCUUCACCGUGCUGAGAGUUCGAGGAUAG